UGUUAUUGUAUGAUCGUUGACGUGUAUCGACAGUCUGCAAAGAACACUUCGGUGUUGUUGGAAGUUCAUUUUGUUUUAUACACUACUACUAAUGAUGAACCCGACCGAACGAGAACCGAUGUCGAACCUAAUCGAGGCCAGUCAAUUGAGAAAACGGAAUACAUAUCGAAGUACUCUAUCGCAGGUACUUGUGACGUUAGCUCAGAGUUUACUAUUGUUGGAUUUGGGCAUGAUGAUAGCAGUACCAACGGUUUUGAUUGGUUUUCUUCACAAUGCUAAAGACGGUCUAUCGUUAGACGACUCUCAGUCUUCGUGGUUUGGAAGUAUUAUGCUGUUGUGUCAACCGUUGGGUAGUGUAUUGUCCGGAUAUGCACAAGGAGUACUUGGCAGGAAGAAAAGCAUGUUAAUAGUGAACAUACCUCAUCUGGCCGCUUGGUAUAUGCUCUACUCGGCUCGGGACGUACGGACAUUAUACGCCGCAUCGUUUGUCAUGGGCAUCGGUAUGGGAUUUUUGGAGGCGCCUACCUUAUCGUACAUAGGGGAAAUCAGUGAACCGCGAAUCAGAGGUAUUUUAGCAACAUAUACCAACUCCAACGUAGUCAUUGGCCAUUUAGUGGAGUUUAUUUUUGGAUAUUUCUUUUCGUGGAGACGAGCAAUGCUCAUCAGUUGCUUGAUACCCAUUUUCUCUAUUUUAGCAAUAUUAUUGAUUCCCGAAUCGCCGAUAUGGCUUUUGACUCGAGGAAGGAAGGAAGAAGCAAUGGUAUCAUUAAGAUGGCUUAGAGGAUGGGUGUCAGCCGAUGACGUGAGAGCCGAAUUUGAUAAAAUGGAGAUGGACUGUAUAGCGUCCAAAAACGAAUACACACAAUUUUGGGAGUCCAGAAUCAAAAAGUCAACCGGAUUUAUCGGAGUACCGAAUGACGAAUUUGUAGUAAAAACCAAACCUGGCUUUAUUGACGCGUUGCGAGAUCUACUACGACCGGCAAUUUUAAAACCAAUUCGACUAGUCGUCACGUACUUCUUUUUCUAUCACUGUGCUUCUUUAACGGCCAUGAGACCUUAUAUGAUCGAGGUUUUUUUACGCAUGAAAGUACCUCUGUCAUCUUAUGUACUUACAGUAAUAUCCGCAGUGCUUCAGUGCUCGGGAGCCUUUGUGUGCUUUUGUCUGGUACAUUUGAUCGGUAAACGAGCGUUGUCGUUAAUAUCCAUGACGGGAUGCACCGCUUGCUGUUUGCUCAUGGGUAUUUACACAUAUGGGAACUACACGUUACCUAUAGUCGCACUGAUACUUUUCUGCAGUCUUUAUUUCUGCAUUAAUCUAGGUAUAAGUCCUAUACCGUGGUUACUGAUCAGCGAGGUCUUUCCGACUAGAGGGCGCGGAGUAGCCAGUGGUAUAAGCGCCGCUUCAUUUUAUGUAAUUGCAUUUUUCGUGUCAAAAACUUGGCUGAACCUCGAACACUUAAUCGGAUUGCAUGGAUGUUUGGCGGUUUAUGGUGUUCUAGCCAGUUUUGGAAUUGUAUUCAUUUAUUUUUGUUUACCCGAAACCGAAAACAAAACGCUCGCCGAAAUCGAAACCUAUUUUAAUAGCAAAAGUUCUAACAAGUAACGAUGGCGUACUAUGAAGAAAAUAACUAUAUUAUUAUAAACUAAUCAAA